UCCUCCGCCUCCGCCGCCUCCUCCUCGCCGCCGCAGCCGCCCCGCUCCCGCUCAGCUCCUCGCAGCCUCGGUGCACCGCAGCCAUGGCCGACAUGAAGACGGGCAUUUUCGCCAAGAACGUCCAGAAACGAAUCAACCGCGCGCAGGAAAAGGUCCUUCAGAAGCUUGGAAAAGCUGAUGAGACAAAAGACGAACAGUUUGAAGAAUAUGUACAGAACUUCAAACGGCAAGAGGCCGAGGGUACCAGACUUCAGCGGGAACUCCGAGGGUACUUAGCAGCUAUCAAAGGCAUGCAAGAAGCCUCGAUGAAGCUCACCGAGUCGCUGCACGAAGUCUAUGAGCCUGAUUGGUAUGGGCGGGAAGAUGUGAAGACGGUUGGUGAGAAAUGUGAUGUGCUAUGGGAAGACUUCCAUCAAAAACUAGUGGAUGGGUCCCUGCUGACACUGGAUACCUAUCUGGGCCAAUUUCCUGACAUAAAGAAUCGCAUCGCCAAGCGCAGCAGGAAGCUGGUUGACUAUGACAGUGCCCGCCACCACCUGGAGGCUUUGCAGAGCUCCAAGAGGAAGGACGAGAGUCGAAUCUCUAAGGCAGAAGAGGAAUUUCAGAAAGCACAGAAAGUGUUUGAAGAGUUUAACGUUGACUUGCAAGAGGAGUUACCAUCGUUAUGGUCAAGACGAGUUGGAUUCUAUGUCAAUACCUUCAAAAAUGUCUCUAGUCUUGAGGCCAAGUUUCAUAAGGAAAUUGCUGUGCUUUGCCACAAACUGUAUGAAGUGAUGACGAAACUGGGCGACCAGCAUGCUGACAAGGCCUUCACCAUUCAAGGUGCUCCCAGUGACUCGGGUCCCCUCCGCAUCGCAAAGACACCAUCACCGCCGGAGGAGCCUUCACCCCUCCCAAGCCCGACAGCCAGUCCCAAUCAUACGCUGGCGCCUGCAUCUCCCGCACCAGCACGGCCUCGGUCACCUUCUCAGACGAGGAAAGGACCACCUGUCCCACCUCUGCCUAAAGUCACCCCGACAAAGGAACUGCAGCAGGAGAACAUCAUCAGUUUCUUUGAGGACAACUUUGUUCCAGAAAUCAGCGUGACGACACCUUCCCAGAAUGAAGUCCCCGAGGUGAAGAAAGAGGAGACUCUGUUGGAUCUGGACUUUGACCCUUUCAAGCCUGACGUAGCCUCUGCAGGUUCUGCUGGAGCGACCCACUCUCCCAUGUCUCAGACAUUGCCCUGGGACUUAUGGACGACAAGUGCUGAUUUGGUCCAGCCGGCUUCUGAUGGUUCAUUUAAUGGAUUCACCCAGCCCCAGGACACUCCCUUAUUUACAAUGCAGACAGACCAGAAUAUAAUCUGCAACUUGGCUGAGUCUGAACAGGCUCCACCAGCAGAGCCGAAAGCAGAGGAGCCCCUUGCCGCUGCACCUGCUGAGGACACCCAGGCUGAGGAGCCAGAGGGGGCAGUGAUCCUACCUGGAACUGAUGCUGACCUGACUGAUGCAACCUCCGUGCCGGCAGCAGAGGGCGCCCCAGCAGUGGAAGCAGAGAAGGAGCCGGAGGCCGUGCUCCCUGCUGGGGAAGGAGCAAGUUUAGAGGAGCCCAAGGCUGAUACAGAAGCUGCAGAGGUUGCAGACAGUGACAGAGGUCAACCAGAGGAAACGGAAGCGGCGGCGCCUCCGGAGAAGGUCAUCCCUGCGGUCAUCAUAGAGCCCGCUUCCAACAACGAAGAGGAGGGAGCACACGAAAUCAUGACAGGUGCAGAGUCCCAGGAGGCGACUCAAGACUCGGCCCUUCCAGGCCCCCCCAGUGAGGUGCCCGAGCCGGCUGCUGAGCAGAAGGCCCCUGAGGACUCCCAGCCCGAGCCCUCCGCUCCGCCUGCGAGCCACGCCUCUCAGGACGUGCCUCCCGGCUUCCUCUACAAGGUGGAAGCACUGCACGAUUUCGAGGCAGCAAAUUCUGAUGAACUUACCUUACAAAGGGGUGACGUGGUGUUGGUGGUGCCCUCCGAUUCGGAAGCUGACCAGGAUGCGGGCUGGCUGGUGGGAGUGAAGGAAUCAGACUGGCUCCAGUACAGAGACCUCGCCACCUACAAAGGCCUCUUCCCAGAGAACUUCACCCAGCGCCUGGAGUAGGGCCCAGGGGGUUGUAGGAAGACCCUGGUUUUGAGGUUUCUAAACCUUCAUGAAAACCUGAAGAAUUCACUUUUGCUAUUACACUCUUGUGACUUGCAGACUGAUGCCAGAUACAGGUUGGAAGGAUAUAUCAAUGGAGCAUGUGUGCAAAAAAAAAAAAAAAGUGUAA